AUGAUCGCCGGGACUCGGUUCGCAAAGCCGGCGCAGCAGAGAAACACAAUCCCUACUCCUAGCAAUGGGCCUUUGCCUAGCACCACGCCCUCUGCGCCAGGCAUGCCACUCACCCGUACCGCAAACAACGAAGAGUCUCCCGUCGCACUGGGCUCCUCGGCGGACGAUGUCAACGUAAACCUGCACAUUGUUGGGCCCACCGACACUAAUGACAGCCAGUUCCUGUGCGAGUACUUGGCCACUAUCCCGGAGGCUAUGCGAAGCACUCGCAUGGUAGUUCCUCAGUCAGCCGGCCGCUCCCGGCCAGUCCUCUUUACCAUGGUCCAGAAACGCCCCGUGGGCAUUAAGCUGAACCGAAGUCCAUCGGCAGAGAAGCUCGAGAUGAUCGAGAAACUGCUAGAGCCUUACCUAGCGGCACUUAUCAACGAGUUCUUUGCCAAGGCCAAUGACUGCCUCCCGUUGUUGGAUGAAGACUCAUUCCGCCACCAGUAUCAGGAGGGCAAGGAUCGGGUCUCGCCCGCGCUCCUGGCCUGUCUGUACGCCAACGCCAUCGUAUACUGGAGACACUCCGCGACACUAUCGCAACACAGAUGCCCAGACAGCAGGUUCGUGUGGAACCUGGCAAACGAGGCCCUUUACUCGGAACUUCACCUGUCGCCAGGCAUGCCCAUCAUCAAGGCAAUAUUGCUCAACAUCGGAGGCCGACCCACCACCUCGCUCAUAGGAAACGGUGUGCUGCUUGGAUCUGCGGUGUCCAUGGCACACUCACUUGGACUAAAUCACAACCCUCUACCAUGGAGCAUCCCACAGUCGGAGAAGAACCUUCGCAUGAAGCUUUGGUGGGCUCUCCUGAUCCAUGACAGGUGGAUAAGCUUAGCACACGGCACGCCACCGCGCAUCGCACGGGAUCAGUACGAUGUCCCAACGCCGCUGCUGGAACAUCUCUGCGACGCAGACGCGACGGAUAGACGUGUGCGGACAGCGACGGUCUUCAUGGCACUAUAUGGCCUGACGGACGUACUAGACCGCCACCUGCAGCAUGUCUACUGUGCCGGGCGAGACUCGUCGUGGGACACGUCCAAACUUGAGCUCGCGCUCAACAGCUGGGUUGAGUCGCUGACAGGGAGCACGCGACUGAUAAUACUGCGCGGGUCGCAUCUGGACAAUCCAGGUGCGGCUAAUCUGCGCCUCGCGUACCUUACGACGCGCCUCCUGUUGCAGCGCAUCCAGCUUGAGUCGGACAAGCAGUCGUACAGCGCCGACAACCAACACCUCUUGAACCGCUACAUACAGGCGCGGCGGACUUCGGAGGAAAUAUUGCUUCUAGUUCAGGAGCUGCAGCCGCAACACCUCGGUGAUUUUUGGAUGUCAGUCAGCGCCUUUUCGUUUCCCGCGACCGUGAACUUCCUUCUACGUUGUGCUCUCGAGUCGGAGAGCUCGCUCGCGGGUUUGGCGCAAAGCACGUCGUUCCGCAUCGCGAGGGAUCUAGUCGCAACACUGCAGAGUCACCACGACAAGUAUUCGUGGGACUUGGCGGACGUGUGUCUGGCGCAGCACGCAGAGGUGGUGGACAAGAUGCUGCGUGGCAUAGCGCCGGACGACUCGGGUGGCCGGAGCAGCGGAAGCCUUGACGACUGGCCAACGCCUGACGCGUCACUGAUUGACCAGAUAUUUCCCAGCCUCUGGGAUUCCAUGCAGAAUGUCUGGUAG